AGAGGCAAAGGUAACUCGGCUCGGCAUGAGAAGCGGACUCGAGGGAGGAGAAGAUCGGAAGGGAAGAAUGUUAGCGAUGCAGAGCGUGAGUCGGAGGAUUCACUCCAUGGUUGAUGCUCCUCGCCUCACCAAAUUCUUUCUCGAAGCCCCUCAAUCUGUGAAGGUGGAAUUUUCCAAUGGCAGUGUGUUCAAUUUGUCAGCUGAAUUCCUAAGAAUACACAGUCCAGCUGCUGAUGGAAAGCUGAGGUCAAUUGGGGGUGAAAAGGUGAUAUCUGGUAGGCGUCACGUUGGAAUCAUGUCAGCAGAACCUGUAGGAAACUAUGGGGUAAGGUUGAUUUUUGACGACUUGCAUAAAACUGGGAUUUAUUCGUGGGAUUAUUUCUAUCACCUAGGGAGCAACAAAUUCAGUCUCAUGAGAAAUUAUAUCAAAAAGUUGAGGAAGUAUGGGCUUAGCCGGGAGCCGACUAGAAGGAAAUGAUUGAACCUUCUUGAACCUUUGGAUUGCCAUCGAUUAUCGAAUGCUGGAAUUGGAGUGUCAUCAUUAGAUGAUACAUAUAUAGAAAACAUGUUGGCUUGUAGCAUCAGCACAGGUUUAGUUUGGAUUUCUCCUUUGCUUCAACACACAGUGAGGGAAUUCCAAUGCCAUAUAAUUUCACUUUUAUCUGUAUUUUACAUGCUGUAUAUACAUAUGAUUUAGACCAGUUGAUUGCUUUUGAAGAAAUUUAAUUGAGUUAUGGAAUGUUUCAAUUUUAGUAAAUUUUAUUUUUUCCGUA